CCUCCCACAUACAGUGGGAAUUGCAGUGCCUGCCGAACACGGACAAACGGGAUUAGCCAACUUCUUUCCUCACUCAAACUUGCUUCCUUGGAAUUUCCAAUACCUACUUAGAUAACUUCAGGGUUAGUUCAGAACAAGUGUACUCCUGGCUGCGUUCAACGUUUCCGUGCUCUUGCUUUCUUUUUCUGACUUUGAAGAUAAAAGGAGAAGAUUGGGUCUGUCCCGGGCCAUUUCAGUACUUCUUGAUCUCCGGAGACAUUUUGAUUGAUUGAUUGAUUUAUUAAAAAAAAAACACUAAGGCUGAUGAAAGAUCUGCUGGACUCUUGAAACACUGGUCUAACAACACUACCCUGAACUUUUUGCAGAGUUAUUACAGCAGCUUCUUUUCUCUGUGAAUAAGGAUUCGACAGAGCAGCUUCCGGUCUUUCUUUCUUUUUCUUUGUUUUUUUGUGCUGAUUUUAGCUUUCACUUCUCUACAAUUCCUGCAGAAGUUCCUCCAGGUCUCCGCGAUACGGAUUCGGAGGAAGCUUCAGAAUAAGGGAACCACGAGGGGUCCAAGAAGCAGGAGGAGCAGACGCAACGACCCGCAACUGUGUGAAGAAGCAUGAGGUGUAAUCAGAGUUGUGGCUUGCUGACCGUGGCAGCCAUCGGAGCGUUGCUGGCUGUCUUUGGGGGGAUUCUGAUUCCGGUUGGGAAUCAUUUCAUUGAGAAGACAAUAAAAAAGGAAGCUGCCAUUGAAAAUGGCACCAUCGCCUACGAGAAUUGGAUUGUUCCUGGGUGUCCCAUUUACCGACAGAUUUGGGUUUUCGAUGUACAGAACCCAGAGGAGGUGAUGGAGAAGGGUUCUGCUCCAAUACUUGAGCAGAAAGGCCCGUACACUUACAGGAUGCGAUACAUGCCCAAAGAAAACAUCACUGAACAUGAAGAUGGCACUCUGUCUUACCUCCAGCCAAAUAUUAUGCUUUUUCAACCCAAUAUGUCAGUUGGGCCGGAAAGUGACACGGUCACCACCGUCAACUUUGCAGUUGUGGCUGCCCCGGCUUUGUUUAAAAGUGUUCUUAUUCAAGCCUUGAUGAAUAUCUGGAUAAAAUCGUCAAAAUCAAAAUUCCUCCAGACUAGAACAGUGAAAGAAAUACUUUGGGGUUAUGAAGAUCCUUUCUUGAAAAAAAUCCCAAUCGUAAAAUUGGAUAAAUUCGUUGGAGUAUUCUAUCCUUAUAAUAAAACAGUCGAUGGCCCUUACCGAAUUUAUACUGGGAAAGACGAUAUAAACAAGAAAGGAACUAUCCUGACUUUUAAUAAUAGCAGGACCCUUCACUACUUUAAGAGCUAUUGUGACAUGAUCAAUGGCACUGAUGCGUCCUCGUUCCACCCUUUUGUCAGCAAGAGUGAACAGCUGUACUUCUUUUCCUCGGAUGCUUGCAGGUCAGUCUCCGCCAGAUUUGACAGGGAGGAGACUGUGAAAGGCAUCUUGCUUUAUCGCUUCAGCAUCCCUCCGUCGGCUUUUGCCUCAAGCCUUACCAACCCUGACAAUAUCUGCUUUUGCACGGACAAGGAGAUAAGUAUGAACUGUACAACACGUGGAGUUCUGGAUAUCAGCUCCUGCAAACAAGGUAAACCUGUCUACCUCUCCAUGCCCCACUUCCUGUCCGGAAGUAAGAUACUUUUUCAAUUUGUGAAAGGGAUGAAGCCAAGCGUGGAAGAACACACCACCUUUCUGGAUGUGGAACCGGUCACAGGAUUUACCUUGAGCUUUUCCAAAAGGUUGCAGAUUAAUCUACUGGUGAGACCAAAUUCAAAAAUCGCAGCACUAAAAAACAUCAAGCAUUUCUUUUACUUUCCUAUUCUGUGGCUGAACGAGACGGCUACGAUCGAUGAUGAGAAAGCAGAUUUUUUCCGAUCAAAAGUGACCAACAAGAUCAAGUUGCUGUACUUCCUUCAAUGGGCCCUAAUUAUCAUUGGUUCUCUAAUGUUCCUGGGCAUCCUAAUUGUCUUUUUCAUGUGCAAAGACAAGAGACCUAAAUGACCUGUCUGGUGAAAGCAACCAUUUCUUCCAGUUUCAUGCAGAGAGCGGAGCAUUGUCUUCCUAGAGUCAUUUUGGGUUGUGCUCUUAAAUAUUGUAAUAUGGACAGACAGGUGAAGGAUAAGGUUUUAUUUUAUCCUGUCCUCAAUAAAACAACAAUAUCUUUUGUUAUUUUUGUGAUAA